AGAGCCCUCUUUAUCCGUUUCCCCUCACCUAUCUAUCUAUCUAUUCGAUAUCUCCACAGUGACAUUCCAGUGACUAUCCCCACGCGCCGCUAGAGCAAACACUUCCCCAGAGAGGCACACGCGACUGUGGUGGACGACGUCGGCCACACAUUGCGGGCGAAGAUGACUGCCAAUCUCACCGUCCCCUAUGAGCAACCAGAAUGGAACAGCAAGCCCGCAUGGAAACUGCCAGGCUGGGCCGAGCCAGUGAUGGUUGCGAGUAUCUUGGUCGGGUCCAUGAUCAUCACCCGGCGGAAGGGCUAUCGGAUAUUGGAUAACACGACGAGGCAGUAUGGCCUUUUGAGCGGAGAGCCGGACUCCACGCGAUCUUCCAACGACCUGUCCAGGGAUUAUCCCCUCGAUGACGACCUGAGCGAUGACAUGACGACCAUGAAGCACCCGCCGAAGAAGAGGAGGGUCUGUUGCACCACAAUAUACACCCCGAACUCCUCCCGCUUUGCCGGCAACAUCCACAGCAGGAUCCUGCAGCGAUUCCCCUUCUUGAUUGAGAUGUUCUAUUGGAUCAUUACCUAUGCCUUUUACCGCUGUACCAGUCUCCUUUCCCAGGCCAUCUUCUCCGAGACGGGCAUCUGGGACGUGGCGCAAGAUCACGGAUUGGCCGUGUUGGAGUUUGAGCAGUUCUCGUGGUUGAGCUUCCUGUGGCCCGUCCCGGAGCUCAAGGUGCAGCAGUGGUUUAUGCAUGGCCACCAGACCUUCCUGACCGUUCUCAACCGAUCUUAUGCCUUGAUCCAUAUUCCAGGAACCGUAGGCUUCAUCGCGUGGUGGUAUUACGUAGCUCCCUCUCAUGCCUCGUUCGCCGUCGUCCGGAGGACCCUGACCCUGACCAAUCUCCUUGCUUUCAUCAUCUUUAUCUGCUAUCCGUGCAUGCCCCCUCGAUUACUCCCUCAAGAAUAUGGGUUCCGCGACAGUGUGCGCCACGACGAUGCGCAAAGUGUAUGGAUGUCUGGGAAAUAUGUGAACUCUCUUGCCGCGAUGCCCUCGAUGCACUUCGGCUACUCUUUCUGCAUUGGCUGCACGAUGCUCUACCAUUCAGGGGUGUUCCGGAGGACGCUCGAGAUUGGCGAGACGCGCAAGUCGAAGCCGUGGGUCCUGUUUUACGUCUUGUUCGCCAUCGCAUACCCCUCGUGGAUCCUCAUCACAAUCGUUGCGACGGCGAACCACUACUACCUCGAUGCCUUGGUUGCUUUCUUCGUGGCUAUCGUCGCUUACCGUUGUAACCGGAUCUUCUUGGUGUUCUUGCCGCUAGAAGAUAUGCUCUUGUGGUGCUUGAGGCUGGAUAAGCCGGUGCCAACGACUGGGACUCGACAUCGUCAGACUCAAGGAUGA